GGCGGGACAGCGAUCGGCUGCGCCGUCGGGCUGGGGCGCGGCCGGCCAUGGAGCUGUGGCCGUGGCUGACGGCGGCGCUGCUGCUGCUGCUGCUGCUCGUGCAGCUGAGCCGCGUGGCCCGGUUCUACGUCAAGAUCAGCCUCUACUGCGCGCUCUGCCUGUCCGCCUCCGCCGUGGCCUCGGUCAUCUGCCUGCUGCGCCACGGGGGCCGCACCGUGGAGAACAUGAGCAUCAUCAGCUGGUUCGUUCGGACUUUCAAGUAUGUGUACGGCCUUCGCGUUGAGGUCAGGGGCCGGCAGAAGCUGCAGGUGGAGGGCCCCUGCGUCAUCAUCUCCAAUCACCAGAGUAUUCUGGAUAUGAUGGGCCUCAUGGAGGUCCUCCCCAAGCGCUGUGUGCAGAUUGCCAAGCGGGAGCUGGUGUUCCUGGGGCCCAUAGGCCUCAUCAUGUACCUCGGGGGUGUCCUCUUCAUCAACAGGCAGCGUUCCAGCACCGCCAUGUCCCUGAUGGCCAACCUGGGCCGGCACAUGGUCAGGGACAAUCUCAAGGUGUGGGUCUAUCCUGAGGGCACACGUAAUGACAACGGGGACCUGCUGCCCUUUAAGAAAGGUGCCUUUUACCUGGCGAUCCAGGCCCAGGUGCCCAUCAUCCCCGUGGUGUACUCCUCUUUCUCCUCCUUCUAUAACCUCAAGACCAAACUUUUCACCUCAGGAACGAUCAAGGUUGAGGUGCUGGACGCCAUCUCCACCAGUGGUCUCACUGAGGCUGACGUCCCCAAGCUUGUGGAAACCUGCUACCAGUCCAUGAGGAAUACCUUCUCCCAGAUAUCCCGGAUGCCCCAGGAGAACGGGGCCACCGAGGUGCCUGAUGGCCAGCCAGCCCAGUAGCCCAGGCCACACAAAGCAGGGUCAAGGCGGGUGGACAGACAGAGGCAGAGACCAGAGAAUGGACAGAAGGACCCCCUCCUGGGCCGCCAAAUAUCAUUGUGUCCGGCUGCCUAGCUCCUGAGGCUCCCGUUCAGGCCCUGGAAGCAGGGAGCCUCCAACACUGGCCUCCAUGCCCUGGGGACAAGGACUUUCUGUUUUCAUGCCUGUGACUCUACAGGCCUUGGGGAAGCCCAGGUCUAGGCAAGACUGGCCAGAGCUGAGGCCCA